AUGAGUGGAGCAGAAGGAGCAGAGGGAGCAGAAGGGGCAGAUUCUGAGGGCCCUGGCAGCAGUGGUGGCGGUGGCAGCAGCAGCACAGGAGCUUCGUUUGUGGUGGAGCCAAGUGUGUGUGAGGCGCCUCCUGCUACCUCGUUCAAGGGCACAGCAGAGCGGUUUCUGCGCCAGUUCAUUGUGGAUGAGAAGCUCAAGACCAUCUAUUGUUUCGUUCCCAAGGUCGCCUGCACGAGCUGGAAAACCUGGUUCCGGCAGCAGCAGCAGGGGCCGGGGCAGAAAAACAUUUCAGACGUGUACCUCACUCACGACCACUACAAGAGCGGCUUACGCAUUCUCGCAUACCACUAUAACGAGUACGAGGUGAUCCGGCUGCUCACCCGCCCGGAUUUCUUCAAAUUCUCGUUUAUUCGAAACCCGUAUGCGCGGCUGGCCUCGGUGUAUUUCAACAAGCAUGUGAACGGAGGGCCGCCGUUCGGGCGGCAGUUUUGGAACAAUAUGUUUUUCCGGGGAAUCACCCCGUACAGAAAGCUGGUGGCGGAGCAAGGGGGGAAGGACCUGUUUGGGUUCAGCGAUUUUGCGUACCUGCUGAGGAGUGUGGAGGAGAGGCUACGGAGUUACAUGGAGUCCCACGUGCAGCCACAGAUGGAUGUCUGUCGGUUCGAUGCCAUCAAAUUUGACUUCAUUGGCCACUUUGAGAGCCUUGAUGCUGAUGUGGCCGAGGUUCUGCAUAGGCUGAAUAAGAAUGAUGCCUCUGGUGCAUUUUCCAUCGGGCUGAACGCGCACAGGACGAAUGCAGAGGACAAGCUGACAUCUUUGUACGAUGAGAGAGCCUUUUCCGAGGCUUCACACCUGUACGCCUCAGAUUUCAACAUCCCGUUGAAUAACAUUUCUUACGACGUUCCAGAAGGGCUUGCGAGGAAGUUCGGGACGACAACUGCAGUUACCCAAUAG